AUGGAUUCGUCUACAACAAUUUCAAAUAUAACCGAAGAGGAUGAUGAGGGUUUUUACACUCUUUCCACUUAUGAAUUGAUAAUCUGGUCUAUUCUCUACUCGACGAUCGCGAUUUUGGCUGUUUUCGGCAAUCUGCUCGUCAUUUUCGUCACCGUUGGACGGCUACGUACCCAUUCGGUGACCACUUACUUCAUCAUCAAUCUAGCGUUGGCCGACUUGUUGACCGGCGUUUUCGCGAUUCCGUUCAAAUUUCAAGCGGCUUUGUUUCAAGUCUGGCAUCUACCGCAUAUUCUGUGCAAGAUUGUACCCUAUGCUGAGUCUGUCACAUUGUCGGUCUCCGUUUUCACCCUCACCGCCUCAGCUGUGCACGAGUUUCGAACAGUUUUCGCGCCGAGACAUGGCCGACUCUCCACCAAUUCAGCCAGAUUGCUGGUGUUACUGAUCUGGGUGCUAGCCGCGGUGCUCUCCCUUCCAAUGGGUCUCUUCCAUGAAGUGGAUACGACAAUGACACCCGAUGGCCCAAUUGCACGAUGUCUACCCAUUUACCCAGAAGAGCAAUGGUGGAAAGUGUACAACAUUUACAUCAUCGUUGUCACGUAUUUCAUUCCGAUGUUCAUCCUUGAUACGGCCUAUAUUUUGAUUGCAAUAAAGAUUUGGACUACAACGAAUACAAUCUCCGAGGAGUUGCAAGCAGUCACCGAUCGCAGCACAGCUGAUGGAAAUCGAAAAUUAAUGAAAAUGUUGAUCAUUGUGGUGGCAGUGUUCUCGCUUUGUUGGUUCCCAUUGGAGACGUAUCUUUUACUCAAUGAGGUCAAACCGGAAAUCAAUGGCUGGUUCUACAUUCCAGUGCUCUUCUUUUGCUCGCAUUGGUUGGCUAUGUCGAACUCUUGUCUAAAUCCGAUCAUUUAUGGGCUUUACAAUGAUAAAUACAAUCGCGAGUACAAACGAGUUUUCUCAAAGCUGCGAAAUUGGAGAUGGCACACAAAGGGAGGCACAAGAAGUUCCUCUCAAAAUUUCACCACCGAAUAUCCGGCGAUAACGUUAAUCGACAAAGAAACAUCAGCAACAAAUCUGAAUCCACCGUACGUGGAAACGUUUCAGGUGGCCGCUGGAAUUCCCACAGGAAAACCGACGGCAUUAUGG